CAACUCUGUUGACCAACAGCUGAUUUCACAAAUAAAAUGAAAAACAGACUGGUGUUGUACGCGAUUUUUGUGUCCUUUAUGGCCACAAAUCCCGCCACCCUUGCCAUCCAGGCACGCAGUGACAAGGAGCAGGCCCAGACCGUUGUGUCAGGCACUGCGGUGCAAUCGGUGGUACCCGUGCAGGCGCAACUGGCCUCAGCAUCUGCAUCGUCAUCCGGCGGAUCAGCCUCGAGCUCAGUUUUCUAUCCACUGGGGCCGAAUGUGAUGUGCUCCUUCUUGCCACGGGACUUUCUGGAGUGCAAGGAACCCAUCGAUCACCGGGAGAAUGCCACUGCGAAAUUUGAGAAGAAAUACGGCUGCCUGAAGUUCGGCGGCUCCACCUACCACGACGUAGAGCACACCAAAGUGCAGUGCACGGUCUUUGCGGAUAUUGAUUGCUUUGGGAACCGCACCUUUUUCCGCGAGGGAGUACCCUGUAUCCGCUACACGGAUCAUUAUUUUGUGACAACCCUCAUCUACAGUAUGCUCCUGGGCUUCCUCGGCAUGGAUCGUUUCUGUCUCGGCCAAACUGGAACUGCCGUGGGCAAGCUACUAACCAUGGGCGGCGUGGGCGUGUGGUGGAUCAUCGACGUCAUCCUGCUGAUCACAAACAAUCUCCUUCCAGAGGAUGGAAGCAACUGGAAUCCCUAUGUCUAGACGUGUGAUAUUUGUACAUGUACAUAUGCGUAUCCUAAUAUAGUUUUGUAAUUAGUUUGAUAAGAAUCUUCCACUAUAAUAUAAUACCUAUUAUGAAAUAUAUUCGUUUCGGGCUUUAGUUUAAAACCUGAUACUGUAAGUACUGUUAAGAACUCAAUAAAAAAUCUUCUUAAUAUAA